CUUCUUGCUACUGUACGGUACAGGAUCAGAAAGGCUAAUCUUAACCAAGAGGUGAAAGCAUUGAAUGUUUGUGAGAAGGUUUUUCUACUGUACCAACGUGUUCAUGUUUUAAACACAUGUUGAACUACAGUGACGAAGCGCCUCUGAUCUCUUAUAGCACAUUUCAACAGGGAAGCCAAGCAGCGAGAGCAGCAAAAGCAGCAAAGGCCUCAUCACUCUGCACUCAGCACUCAUCACAUCAAUCCCAUGCAGAGCAAUCGAACAGAAACGAAACUGUUGGAUGCUUGAUGGAUGGCACCUCGAUCGCAGUAAGGUCAAAAGCAAAGCAGAGAAAGGGCAAGGAAAGCACACAAGAAAUCAACCAAAGAACUUCCGAAGAGGCAGCCGACGCAACGAAGAUUAGCGAACAUUUGACGCCUCUCAUCGAUCCGCAUACCGGUACCACGACGAGACUUUGGUAACUCAUCGGCAACAGCAAGCAAACUAGCUAGUGGGCGAGCAUGUCUGACAGCACUGUGGUGCAACAGGUUCCGUCGCGUUCCGCAAAGGACUAUGAGACAGAGGAAGCUCUGCGACAGGCCAUGACGAAUAUGAAUGAACCUCCGUUUGGCAACCUCCAGGCCGCAGCAGACACCGCUUCGACAGUUUCAGAAGACCCCAAGGACGGCACUGCAGUCAACAACAAUACUGCCAAGAGCAAUUCCGGAGUCUUGGCCGGCAAUUGGGAUUGGGUGCUAACGAAUUACGAUGGCGACAACAGCGAACCGCAAUCGGUAGACCAUGAGCUUCAGCGUCUCAAAGUCCUCAUGUCCUACAUGAUCUUGGAUGCUGACCGCGAAGAAGCCUUUGACAGAUUGACUCGAAUGGCAUCUCGCAUGUUUGAUGUGCCCAUUUCGCUGGUCAGCCUGGUGGACCUUGGCAGACAAUGGUUCUUGUCCAAUCAUGGAAUGGGAGAUGUUCGACAAACUCCUCGGGAUGUCGCCUUUUGCGCUCAUGCGAUUCAAGGAAAAGGUGAUAUUUUCGUCGUCCCUGAUACGAGCAAAGAUCCGCGGUUCCGGGAGAGUCCGUUGGUCCUCAAUCCUCCCAAAAUUAUGUUCUAUGCUGGGGCACCACUCCUAUCACUGGAGGGGUUCAAGCUGGGUACUUUUUGUAUUAUUGAUACCAAACCGCGCCCCAAUGGACUCACAAAACCUCAGCAAAGUCUCCUCAAAGAUUUCGCUGCAAUUACUGUCAAAACAAUGGCUGAUCGAAGACAUUUGGCGGAUCAGGAAGAUCCGUCACGGUUGGUCGCAUGUACGGCACACGAUUUAUUGACGCCGUUGUCCGGAGUAUUGCUCUCACUCUCCAUGCUCAAAGAUGAUGAAGACUUUGAAAAAACGCUCAACGAGCACCAAAAGGAAUGCAUAGCCACGGCAACGAGAAGUUCCGAAAUGAUGCGAAGAAUUUGUCAAACCACCAUUGAAACGCUGCGAAAAGCAAGCAAGGGGGUAGUCGUCAAUAGCAAUGGAUCCACGUCGGAUACCAACAGAAACACGACAUCGACAAAAUCCGAUAAUGACGGAGAAGCACGACCAUUCAUUGACAUUCGGGAAUUUGUCAAGAGUCUCCACAUGAUCAUCGAUCCCAUUCCCAAGAGAGUGCCGCUGGUCAUCACGGUCGACUCAUCCGUUCCUAUGCACAUUGUCAGUGAUGACUUGAAAAUCUUCCGAUCCAGCCUGAACUUGCUUUCGAAUGCGUGUCGAAACACCGAAACGGGAUCCAUACGAUUCCGAAUGUACAUCAACGACAAUCAAUUAGUUUUCGAAUGCGAGGAUUCAGGACAGGAUAUUGAAAUGGAAGAUCGUGAUCGCCUUUUUCACCCCCACAUGGAUGAUUUUGGGGCCGUGGCGGAUCUGGGACUCUACUCCUUGGCAGCGCAGAUCGAUUCUCUGGAUGGUCAAUACGGGUUCCGCCCUCGAGGUGAAAGUCUCGAUGGUACGUUCAUAAAGGACAACAAAGGUCGGAAGGUAACUGGAUCUGUCUUUUGGUUCAGUAUUCCUAUCGUGGUGCCAUCGGAUCUCCCGAGACCUUCCAGUAGUGACGGUAUCACCCAUUUGUCAGGAAUUCGGUCCGUGGAAUCGUUCGCGUCCGCUGGGGCCAGCGUUUCCAGUAUUGACGCGACGGGCAUAUCUAGAAACAACUCGGGUCUCUUGGCGGUUACCGCGGCUGCCGCAAGGUCCAUGUCCAUGUCAGGAUCGUCCAGCAACUGUCUCGAUUGCUUGGUGCGGACGCUGUCGGCGCAAUCGUCGUCCGCCUUUGGUCAACGCAAACAGCCUCUGAGAGGUACAGUCAAUAGUACGUGGGAAAAGAAAAAAGGUUCCAACAUUAACAUUAUGCGAAUCAGACAAGCGCUUGGUGGGGAUACUCCUUCAAGACCAGCACACUCGCAAAGCUCUGGAUCGCUCAGUUCAGCUUCCUUUGGUUCUUCUGCCAAGCUCUCGUCCGCCAGCUUGAUGGGACUUGCUCAAAAUGCCGGUGUGAUGGAAUCCGCCCAAAAGAAGGCAUCCAUGACUCCGAAGCCGGAUACACCUCGCAAGAAAAAGGCUCUUGUCAUUGAAGAUUCCAUGGUGGUACGAAAGACACUGGCCCGUGCACUCCAAAAGCUUGGCUACAUUGUGACUCAAGCUGUAGACGGCAUGGAGGGCCUCAAAGAGCUAAAGAAAACUGUCUACGACUUUAGUCUUUGCGACUUUCUCAUGCCCAACAUGGACGGAUUGGACUGUGUGCAACAAUAUCGCAAAUGGGAACAGGAUAAUCGACCGUCGUUCCGGCAAUACAUUGUUGGCAUCUCGGCUCAUGCAGGUCACAAGGACAUUACCAAAGGCCUGGAGAUUGGCAUGAACGACUUCAAGCCAAAACCUGUCACUAUCAAGCAUCUGACUCAACUUCACGAGAGCACAGAGCUUGUGCAAGUACGAGCAACGCUUGACGAGCUACACCGAGUCAGCAAACGGAGCAGAUCCAAUAUGUCGCUCAAAGAUAAGAAGCUGAAAAUGGACGCCGAUGCCAUUCUGAGCUCAGCCGCAGAGCUUUCAACAGCGUCGCUCUUAUUGCAGCGGAAACGAAGAAGCAGGAACGAACUCAGCAUUAAUCUGCGGUCAGAUGACAUCCUAGAAAGCAAUCGUGCAAGGAAACGAGGACGGUUUGCGGAUGACAUGGACUCCGCAGGAAAGGCCGUGGAAAAGGUUUGUUUACUAGCUACGGACAGCCAUACUCAUGAAUCUGACUUGCCGAAGCACAUGGAGGCAAAUGGCUGGAAGGUGACUCAGGUUCAUGACGGCGACAGUGUCCUGCGUAUGCUCAAGACGCGCAACUGGGGGGCAGUCUUGCUCGAUGACGAGCUUCCACGCAUGUCGGGAAGUCGCUGCAUUGCAGCAUUUCGCGAGUGGGAACUCAAGAACCGAGUGUGUCGCCAAAACAAUGUGUUUUUGGUAUGCAGCAGUGGCCUUCCCUCGCCACACGACGCUACCUCCGUCGUGCAAGCACCUUGUGGUUUCGAUGGCGCUCUGGAUGCACCCGUGUUGUGGAAGGACGUCAAGUAUCUGUUGAAGAAGUCACAGAUCGGAGAGCCCGAACAUCGCGGGGGUCUGAAUAUUGUGACCAGGUAGUACGGCAAGGCGUUGAUAUUGCUUUUGGCUGUUGGAAGCAUGUCAGUUUUUAACUGAUGCUGUUGGACUGCACUAGAGAACUACUGGUAGCUACUACUAGCAAUUCAUGAUCAAGAUUAGCGUAGUCGUUGAUGCAACUGCAGCUGCGAAUGUUCGGUGUACCAACACUCCAUAAUAGAUCUUGCUGUGCCACUGCUGUGCCUUCCUUCUGAAGAAGGUGUAGUACUCCGAACCGGUACCGGUACCGUAAUAAUAAUAUGUGCGAAUGAAUGCGGUUCGAGUUUCGAGUUGGUCUUGUGGAUUUGGAAGUUGAAACCAAUUCCGUCAUCCAGACCGCCUGCCUUUGAAGUUCUGCUCGGGAGAACUCCUAAGCAAACAGUACCAGGUACCGUACCUACCGGUACCGGUAUACUGUACCUGUUGAAGUCCUUGAAUUUUUAAAAGAAAGCAUAGUCUGGGUCAAUAUUAAAUUUUUCGAAGCGCUCAAGCUUCAAGCUAUGACAUAGCUAGCAAGAGCUCUAGCUAGCUACGGUAGCAAGCUAAUAGUAGAGACAAGAGAGUUACAGCGGUGCUCGAGUUCGCGUCAGUCCGCAAGACAGCAAAAUGUCCAAUGACUGACUACUAGGUGUUCUUACCUUCCGGUAGGUUUUUGUUACUUAAUCAAUACACAUGCUGUGGAAUGCUUCAAGACAUUGCGAAAGUCACUAUUAAUACUACUAGUAGUAUACCUACCAGUUGUUUGUGAAAAAUAUGAAUUCCUACUCUAUCCUGU